CUCCCAUGCCCCGAAGCCACAGUAUAGAGGACUUUUGGCGAAAAGAAAGAGAGAAAAAAAAAGGAGAAUAAAAGAAACAGAGUCAGAUUUUCUCUCUCUCGAUAGCAAUAAUUGGAAUUCGAUGGGCCUUCGAAGCAAAGCUGCACACUUUGUCACUGAUCUCACCACUGUUCUCCUCAAUCCCAUUUCCGACCAACCCUCGCCGAGGUCUAAAACCGAGGAGCAUGGGACAGAAAGCCCAGAAAAUGAAGAUAUGGAGGACGACUCUGUGACUGAAGAUGGCCCUGACACAUCCUCUUUCUCAGCAUUCCUCGUCUCCCUUCUGACUUCUUCUGAAUCUGGUAGUGAUUCUGUCGAGGGUUUAAAUGAGCACCAUUUUGCAAUAAGAGAUACAGCACCAGAGCCAGAAAUCAAGGAGGCUGUCGGCAGGAAAAGUCUCCUUGCAAGAGGAAGGCAAACUAUUGGAAGAGCUAUUCAUAAAGCAGCUAGGAUCAGUGGUUAUCGACAAAACUUAGAGCCUAAAAUUGCCUGUGACACAAUUAGUGAGUCCAAACAUGUUGAAUAUGAACCAAAGCCAGUGAAGGUCCAAAAUGACUUUAACCUUCCAGAGAUUUCUGAACCAUCGUUGCUUCUGUCGGAAAACCUGCGAGCUGCUGUUUACUUCUCAAUGCCGGCAUUGGCUCAAGGGAGGAAUUGGGUGCUGCUGUAUAGCACAUGGAGGCAUGGAAUCUCUUUAUCAACACUGUACCGGAGAAGCAUGCUCUGCCCUGGUUACUCUUUGUUGGUUGUCGGGGAUCAGAAAGGUGCAGUAUUUGGUGGUCUAAUUGAGGCACCACUUCAACCUGCUGACAGGAGAAAGUAUCAGGGAACAAAUAGCAGCUUUGUCUUCACUGACCGAUCUAGCCACCCUGUCAUUUUUCACUCUACAGUUAAAUAUGCAGGUGCUAAUCGAUAUUUCACUCAUUGCUCACCUGAUUUCUUGGCCUUGGGUGGAGGUGGUCAUUUUGCUCUAUACUUGGAUGGAGACCUGCUGAAUGGUUCAAGUUCUGCUUCAGAGACCUUUGCCAAUUCUUGCCUGGCGCAUUCUGAAGACUUUGUAGUAAAGGAAGUUGAGUUGUGGGGAUUUGUUCAUGCAUCACAAUACAAUGAGAUGAUAAAUUUGUGUCGAACAGAGCGACCUGGAAUCUGCAGAUGGUAGAAAAAAAAUUCCUCAACCAUGACAUCAAAACUUUUUCCAGAGAAGAGUGAUCAAAUUCUAGCCGAACCUUGGGACUUAUGUAAGCUUUUUCAAAGGCCAUCUGUAAAUAAACCGCAUCGACAUAACUAGAGUAGAAAUUUUUGCCUAAGACAUGUAUGAAGAAAUAAUAAAUUAGUGUCCAUUGUAUAUAUAUGAGAGGACAAAAUAAUGACUAUAAACUUGUAAAUAAGCUUGUUAGUACUUUAUUGUUGCAGUUAUGUUUUAUUUUGGUUCUUGAA